GUCCUUUUCUUCCAAAUCCAAGAUGGCUGCGCCCAUUGAAAAGUUGUGAAGUUUUAGCCUGGGUAACUGUAACACGAGAGUGGAAGAAUUCGAGGACAAAGGACUUUACUAAUAAUGUUUAUAUAUAGAACAAUAUCAUACUCACUAAACCGUGCGCUACACAGAUGUGUGCAAAUCAGGAAACAUCGUAUAUCACAGACUUUGCAUAGGCAUAAUCACAAUUUCAACAAACCGAAAGUAGUUCUUGGUAUAGAGACAAGUUGUGAUGACACGGGUGUUGCAGUUGUUGAUACAGAUGGUCAAAUUCUUGGAGAGGCAUUGCAUUCACAAACUGAAAUACACGUUGAACAAGGGGGAAUUAAUCCAUCAACAGCACAGACCCUGCACCGGGAGCACAUACAGAAUGUGGUCUCCACUGCCUUAGAAAGAGCAAGAAAAUCUUUACAGGACUUGGAUGCCAUUGCAGUGACUGUAGAGCCCGGUCUGACUCUUUGUCUGAGAAUCGGAGUCGAUUAUGCCAAAGAACUGGUGGCUCAGAGCAGGCUACCAAUGAUCCCGGUUCAUCAUAUGCAAGCUCAUGCUCUGACUGCCAGGAUGCUGGAGAAGAUUGAGUUUCCGUUCCUUGUUCUGCUAAUCAGUGGUGGACACUCAAUACUUACCCUGGCCCAAGACGUGGAUAGAUACCUCACUAUUGGAAAUGGCCUGGAUACCUCACCGGGGGACUGUUUGGAAAAGGUGGCUAGGCGACUGAAUCUGAAUUCGCUUUCUCAAUGCAAGUCACUCAGUGGGGGCGCUGCUGUAGAACUCAUGGCAAGGGGAGGUAACCCGCACAAGUUUCCUUUCUCCGUGCCCUUGGUUAAGGAGCCCAGCUGUAAUUUUUCCUUUUCUGGGUUACGCAGUCAAGCAGAACGCAUCAUUGAAGUAGAAAAAAACCAGGAGGGGAUUUCUGACAGUGAAGUGAUCCGCGACGUGUCUGACUUCUGUGCUUCCUUGCAGCACUGUGUCGCCUUUCAAAUUUGUCGCAGGCUUCAGAGAGCGUUUGCCUUUUGUACAAUGCAAGGCUUAUUGCCUAGUCAUCCCACUCUGGUUGUGUCGGGUGGUGUAGCCAGCAACCUGUUUAUAAGACAGUGUCUGCAGCAGGUGUGUAGUGAAAAUUCUGCCAGACUAAUCUGCCCCCCUCCAAAGUUAUGUACAGACAAUGGAAUCAUGAUAGCAUGGAAUGGGAUUGAAAAACUCAAAGUUGGACGGGGGAUUUCAGAGGACCCACAAUCAGAGACUUAUAGAGCUAGGAGUCCAAUUGGAGAAAAUAUAGCAGACGAGGUGACGAAAAUCGGCCUAAAAAUUCCUCCUCUCAAACUCAAGAUUCAGCCAUGAAUGGGUACAAAAAUAACUGACUUAGCAUUCAGCUUUGCAAUUAAAACAUAUUUCAAAGUCAA